GGGAAAGCCAACAAGCAAGACCGGUAGCAUGAGCUCUACUCCAAACACUUACACUGACAAGGUGCGCACACCUGUAGCCGAGGGUGCGUACUACAACGACGAGACCGCGUUGCGCGUCGACCUGUCCGCUCCAGACACGGAUAACAAGAAGGACGACGGUGAUGGAUCCGUGCCAAUGGAUAAGAACGGCCGCCCGCUGGUCAAGUUCCUCAAGUGGCACAUGACUCGCAAGCAGCGGAUCCUACUCAUCAGCGGCCUCGUAAUUCUCUUGAUCGGUGUGAUCCUCCUCAUCGUAUUCCUGGCCAUCAUCCCGGCCAUCAUCCAGCACUACGUCAACUCUGUGGAGCUCGCAAUUAAUUACCUGGACGUCAAGAGCAUUCCGAGUGACACCUCGCUUAACGUCGAGCUCAGCUUUAACGUACAGCACGACAUCGGGAUCUCCGCCUCCACGGAUGAUAUCACGGCCUCGCUGCUGUACGGCGGUGUCACUUUUGGAUCCGUGGUGAUCCCCGGUCUUGACAUCAAGACGGGCGAGCAGAACUACAACUUGACGGUGGACGGGUCGCUCUCAUUAACCGAUAUCAACGCCUUUAAUUUAAUGGCUGAGGGCCUCGUGGAAGACUCGGAGAUCUCGCUCGAAGCCACGGCUACUAUCAAGGCACAUGCCCUGGGUCUGACGUACGGCGGCCUGGACUUGAAGCGCACACUGCCGCUGAAGGGCUUCAGCCAGUUCAGCGACCCCGCCCCGGAGAUCGACUACAUCGACUGGUUCGGCUGCACCAACGACGUGUACCAGAUGGACAUCAACGUGACGUUAACUAACCCGUCUAACAUGGGUCUGGACGGCAUCGGCGCGCUCAAUCUGAGUCUGUAUUACGCUGACAGCUACCUCGGCUAUGCCGAGUCGCUAAAGCCUGAGCUGGGUCUGCCGCGUGGCGAGAGCGUGCAGCUGUUCCGUGCUACAGUGCCACAAGACUCGACGGCGCUCACAAGCAUGGCGCUGGGCGUCGUGGGUGGCAGCGCACAUUUCUCCAUCGCAGGCGACAAUCCGUACUCGACAGAGUACACGCAGUUCCAAGAGGCUAUUAGCAAGGUCAACAUGAGCAUCAUCUACACGGACGGUCUCUCCAAUCUGGGAUUCAACACGUCGUGUAAUAUCCUCUCGCUCCUCGCUUAG